UCCCAGAGGUAGUGGUCGUCUGAUCCUUGGGUAACGCAGAACAACUUGUCCACCUUUCAAAGCUCCGCCCGUACACGAAUCUGCAGCCACUCUCGUUUUCUUUGGAAUUUACGAGACUGAACUUCCUCCGUCAGUCCGUCGGGAAACGAGAGUCCGGUGAUGACUUGGUCGGACUUACCAGCGUGAAAUAUUCUCUUUUAAUCAAAAUUGUGUCAUCGUGAUCAUUCAAGUCAAAUAUUUCCAUCAAAACCUGGUCUGCGCAGGACUUUUAUUUUUAUUUGCAUUUUGAAAUAGGAGUGUUUCAUAAACUCUGUGAAGUGUUCGCGUUCCAGUGUGAGAAGUGAGAACUAUUAGAGAGAAGAUAUAAAUCAAAGGCAACGCGGAAGUGAACGACGACAAUAUAUUCCACUGCCCAAAUAAGCAUUGCGUCAAUAUGCCGCUCAGCAUCACUGUCUUUUUAUAAGUGAGAAGGAGAAAACAAUUCGGGAGUCAGGGACUGGAUUGAAGAAAAGAGUAAUCGAAGAUUUUCCUUCAUUUCUCAGGGAGAUUCCUGAAGUAUCCUGCAGCUCCUUUCAGGGUCAAAAUGAAGUAUGUUUCUGAUGGACAGUGGUGGAAAGUGGCGUGCGUGUGGACGAGUCUGCUAGUCAGCACAGCUGUCUCCUCGCCUUUGCUUGGUCCUCACAUCAUGAGUUUCGACUCCGUUUCGCCCUUCAUCGAGUGGCAAGGCCCCGCCGCUCAAGAGGUCGUUCCGACCGUCGUCGGGAACCCCUUAUUACCCCAGACAGCUGGAGAGGCCGCCGGUGCCGGGCCCGUGCCCACCGGAUUCAUCAUCAAGGCACCUUGCGUGCGUGGUCGGAUGGAUGUGUCAGGAUGCAGAGAAUCAUUCAACUUCCCUCAGAGAAUGUUCAGAGACAACCCACAGUUUUACAUGAGAGGCCAGAGUCGAGGUGGUCCCUCUCCCGGCCGGAGAAUAGGAAGGACAGGGUUCCCUUCGAGACCUGAACCAGAGACACCCGAACCAGAGAGGGUUCAGGACGACUGAAGAGGGUCUUCAUCUUCUUAAUGAUUAUUAUUAUUAAUUUCCUUUAUUUAAAUCAAUCAGUUGCCAGAGCCAAUGACCUCAAUUACCUUUUUCUUCAGUUUCCUUUUUCUCCAAUCCAAGUUAAUUUUUCGAUUUUGCUGACAGUUUUGUACAUUUAACUACUGGAUUUAUUUGUAGUCAAAAGUACCUAAUUCUUAAUUGUAAUGAUGCUUAUUCUCUCUCUCUCUCUCUCUCUCUCUCUCUCUCUCUCUCUCUCCAUUCCCAAUUAAUUUCUCGAUUACGUUGGAAAAUGUGAAAAAAGUUAAUUUAAAUUAAUUAGUAAUGUCUAUGAUGGUUAUUGUGUCAUUCAUCACGGCCCUCUUCAACAACAACCCCGCCCCCCCAACUUCUCUCUCUCUCUCUCCAUGAUCCCCAAGAGGUGUUCAUAAAGCUAUCUAGAUCCUCCUCCCAGUAAAACUCGAGGGAACUGCAUAUUUGUUACCAACAUUGUAUCCACAAGAUGCAAAUGUGAUAAUCUUUAUUACCAAAUACUGUGUAAGACUGAUAGAAGGAUUAAAAUUACCAUUUCCUGUACUGUAAGAUGUUUAUAAAUUAGGUUACCAACUAGACUAUGGACCUUAUGAGUGUAAAGAUUCAUGUGUUACCAAGAAUUGACUGUGAAUGACCGGUGUUUGUAUGUAGGAAAAUUAAGAAA